AGUUAUACGUCACUCUUAUGUUGUCUUCAGCGGCAGAUCUAAUUCAAACCGCAUUCUGCUUGCUCGACAGUUCUGCUAUCUUUCUUGUCUCCGAAAUAUUGUAACAGAAUGAAACGUGACAGCCACACCAACGGGCAUUUACACUUGGCAGCAAACGCUGAAGACGACAGGAGUAACUCGUACCAAGGGAAGGAGUACAGGGACAGCUAUGAGCUGGGGCAGUAUGGUUACGGCAAGAACUACGUGAAGCUGCUUCACGUGCAUCGUGAAGGUAGCCUCCACACCAUCCGAGAGUACGAGGUCGACACUCACCUCAAGCUGCAGUCAAAGAAGGACUUCAUUGCCGGCGACAAUAAAGACAUCAUUGCCACGGACACGCAGAAGAAUAUCGUGUAUGUCCUGGCCAAGAAAUACGGGGUGGAGUCCCCGGAAAAAUUCGCUUUGCUGGUGUGUAACCACUUCCUUUAUACGUAUCGACACGUUGUUGAGGCGUCUGUCCACGUGGAAGAAUAUCCGUGGGAGCGUCUCCAAGUUGACGGAAGUGACCACAAUCAUGCCUUUAUCUUCUCUCCAAGAGCCCUCCGGUUUUGCAUGGUGACUCACAAAAGGAACGACCGGCCGAAUAUUAUUGGUGGGUUACGUGACUUGCGUGUUCUGAAGACAACGCAGUCAGCAUUCACUGACUUUAUCCAGGAUGAAUAUCGCACGCUGCCUGACACGAACGACCGUAUCUUCAGCACCGUCGUCACGGCCACUUGGGAAUACUCCACAGCGAACGGCGUCGAUUUCGACGGCGUCUGGGACACUGUGAAGGAGUGUAUUCUCGACAAAUUUGCUGGUCCUCCAGACACUGGCAUAUUUUCGCCAUCCGUCCAGAACACCCUGUAUCUCGCGGAAAGGAAGAUUCUCGACAAAGUUGAACAGAUCAAACGUAUCGACAUGUCCAUGCCCAAUAAGCACUAUUUCACGCUUGACCUCUCCAAGUUUCCGCAGAGCGUCGUCAAGGGAAAGAACGAGGAGGUGUACCAACCCGUGGACAAACCUUGCGGCAUCAUACACGCGACUCUGCAGCGCAACGUUCAAGCACGGGCGAAGAUGUAGUCAGGCCUACACUUCUGGAGUGUGCAGACUUCUCUCAACACAGUUGAAGAGCCCCGUCUUCUGGGGCAUUAAGCCGUGUAGUCCGGUAUAAAUUCAUCGACUUUUCAGAGAAAAAUGCAAUAUGAAACGUAAAUGAACUUCUACCGGACUACACGGCGUCACAUCCCAAAAGAUAGUAUUCAUCAGUAACCGCUGCGAGAACCCAAAAUAAAAUUUCCUAAUAUCAUUUCAUAUUCCUCCAAAACUCUCUUUUAACUGCUACAACUUUUGUGUGAAAUGAUUUUUGAUUGGUGGAUAUAAAUCUUCUGAAGUAUAAAGACGGACAGAGAGGAGGGAAAGGGGGGCGUAGCGGCAUACAUUGCGUUAUAUGGUGAAGCAUCAGGUUCAUCACUCAGCAAUACAAAAGCAGAUAUUGCAAUACAAUCAAAGGCAAUAAAAUACGAAUAUUA